AUGAAGUCACUGCCAGGAUGUUUGGGAGGACUCAGUCACAGCAUGGAAUAUGGUGUAGGGCCAGUUCUCUCUGCCCCUUGCCUCAGCUUCCCCAUUUUUAAUAUAACCCCUGACCUCUGAACUGAGAACCCUCUCAACAACAAACUUUGGUAACUUGAAUUGCCCCUGUGGGACAGAGGAAUACCUAGGGGAAGAUCUGCCUGCAGUACCACUCUGUGCAGUGCAAAGCCAGCAGCUGGGGCAGCUAGUCAGAAGCUUCAUUUCUGCUUUGACCCGGAGCAGGGUGGGGAGAGCAAGCCAAGGGAGGGCUCAGCCUUGAGAUUGGACUGAAGACACAACAAGGGGGUGGGUGCCCAGGCAGGCAGAGGUGGGGCAAAGCAGGAGAUAUCCAGCCCAGAGACCCAGGCAAUAGCCUCUCCCACUAGCCUCUCCCGGCACUAGUUUCUCCUCUCACUAGCCUCCCACCACACGUCUCCCCAUGAACCGCACCGUGGUGCUCAUCACUGGCUGUUCCUCGGGCAUUGGCCUGAACUUGGCAGUGCGUCUAGCCUCAGACCCAUCUGGGAGCUUCAAAGUGUACGCCACGCUCAGGGACCUGAAGGCGCAGGGCCCUCUGUGGGAGGCAGCCCGGGCCCGAGGGUGCCCUCCUGACUCCCUGGAGACGUUGCAGCUGGACGUGAGGGACUCAGAGUCUGUGGCCGCUGCCCGGGCACGCGUGAGAGAGGGGCGUGUGGACGUGCUGGUGUGUAACGCGGCCCGGGGCCUGCUGGGGCCGCUGGAGGCCCACUCCGAGGAUGCGAUGAUGUCGGUGCUGGACGUGAAUGUGGCCGGGACGGUGCGGACACUUCAAGCCUUCCUGCCAGACAUGAAGAGGCGCCGUUCCGGACGCGUUUUGGUGACUGGCAGCUUGGGAGGCUUAAUGGGGAUGCCCUUUAACGACGUUUAUUGCGCCACCAAGUUCGCGCUCGAAGGCUUAUUCGAGAGUCUGGCGGUUAUGCUGCCGCCCUUCGGCAUCCACGUGAGCCUCAUCGAGUGCGGCCCGGUGCACACCGCCUUCCAAGAGAAGCUGGAAGGGGGCCUGGGCGGGGCGCUGGACCGCGCGGACGUCCAGACCCGCUGCCUCUUCUCGCGCUACCUGGUCCACUGGGAGAACAUCUUCCGCGAGGAGGCUCAGGACCCGGAGGAGGUGACCGAGGUCUUCCUCACCGCGCUGCGCGCCCCGCAGCCGGCCCUGCGCUACUUCAGCACCAACAGGUUCCUGCCCCUUAUGCGGCUACGCCUGGACGACCCCAGCGGCUGCAGCUUCGUGGCCACCAUGCACCGAACUGUGUUCCCCGAUGAGCCCGCCGGGGCCGAGGCCGGGGCAGGAGGUCCGGAGGCACCUGAGUCCAGCACUCCUCCCGCAGCCCCACAAUAAAGGCAGUGUUCUCCCCUGUCUCCC